AUGGAAGAUCAGAAAAGACAAGACAUUUUGGACAAAGUUGAUGAAGUUGAAAGAAUGAUAACACUAUCAUUACAGAAUAUAGACAAAAAUUUAAACCGAUGUGGGAAAACGUUGACUGAGAGGACAAUUCCUGCAUUAGAAAAUUACAACAAAAAUUGUACUCAGGUGCUUCUGAAUGUGAAUCAUUUAAAGGAAUUUUUCGAGAAUGCAAUAAAUACAACAAUUCUUACGGGUCCCGCAAGGAUAAGCUCAAAGCCUGAGCAUAUGCUCGAAAAUAGUAAUGAAUAUUCUCAUUCUUUUGGCGAGGGAUCUGAAGGUACGGAAUCUAACUUUUCUAACUUAGAUACAUCCAAUAUUUCUAACCCACUAAUCCUAAAUACACCGACAAGAUCCCGUCGCAGCGAUUUUGAGCUUGAUCAACCUAGGGUGAAAGCAAGUAGCAAUGCCAGCUACUCGGAAUUUCCAGAAGAAAUUGAACGGUUAGUGAAUGACAAUAAUAGAACAGAGUCCUGUCACACAGUAAAAACACAAUUUAAGGAGUCAGAACUGAAUAUUAAUACAGAUCAGGCUAGCGAAAGCUCAUUGAAGAGGCAUAAUAUAGAUCACAAACAACAUGAUACGCCCAGAACGCCAAAGACAAACAAUUGUACUUUUUCUAAAGUGGUGAAGAAGUAUGAAUCACCACCAUGGGAGGAACCACCUGAACUAGAGUCAGAAAAACUGGUUUUGCCUGUUUAUAAAAAAAGACAUACGACCUUAUCUAAUCCAAGUUUAGGAGAAGAAACAAAUCACCCUCAAACGCCAAAUUUUAAGCUAGACUUUUCUAGGGCAAGAAAGGGUACAAAAAUUGAUGAGCCACAUAAUAUUGGAGGUAUAUCGUCAACAGCAAAAAAAACACACUGGGACAGUUCUUCGUCAACCUUUGAGGAACCACCCGAGAUAACGGGGAUGAUUAAUGGACCUGACGGCAAAAGCAAUACCGUAGGGAAUAAAGAAAAUACAGAUGAGGCACACAGGAGAGCAUUUUCAUUAGAUGACGCAGAGAAAGAUGAGUUCCAAAGUCCACCAUCUCUUUUGACAGAGAGACUUGACCACGAAGCAGAGAAAAAGACAGAUUUAUUGGACAGCUUUUAG